AUGCCCAAGAUGAAGGCCUUCAAAUUUGUCGUGUCCACCUGCAUCUCCACGUCCAUCGUUUCAGGCAUUGGAAUGGCCCGUGGGCAUUUCACCCACAUCUUUAUAGAUGAGGCUGGGCAGGCCAUGGAACCAGAAGCGUUCGUGAGCAUCAAGAUGAUGGUGGACAAUGACACAAAUGUUGUUCUAUCAGGUGAUCCAAAGCAGCUGGGACCAAUUAUUAGGUGGGGUGUUGCAAGGGAGUUGGGGUUGGAGGUGACCUACCUUGAGAGGCUGAUGGGGAGGGAGGUGUAUAGCGUUGAAGGGGGGAAAUGCCAGUGGGAGAACGUGAGUGUAAUGAGAUUGGAAUCUUGGAAAAGGCUAACGUUGCUCAAGGGUUGUGAAACUGGUGAAGAACUCAGACCAUCCUUGCCUCGAGACUAUAGGGAGUAUUGA